AUGGAGCUGGAGAACAUCGUCGCCAACACCGUCCUCCUCAAGGCCCGCGAAGGUGGUGGCGGAAACCGGAAAGGCAAGAGUAAGAAAUGGCGCCAGAUGCUGCAGUUCCCCCACAUCAGCCUCUGCGAGGAUCUUCGACAAACCCUCGAGCGGGACUACCACAGCCUAUGUGAGAAGCAGCCCAUUGGGCGCAUGCUCUUUCGGCAGUUCUGCGAGACACGACCUGAGCUGUCACGCUGCGUCAAGUUCCUGGAUGCCGUGGCAGGGUACGAAGUGGCUCCAGAUGAGAAGCGGAAGGAAUGUGGGCAGCACCUGAUUGAAAAGUACUUGAAGCCAAACAGUGAGGACCAUGUGCCUGAAGUCCCCCUGCAGCUGGUGGAUGCCUGUUGUGAGAGGCUGGAGCAGGAACCUUCCAAGGAGCUCUUCAAAGAAUCCACUAAGCUUAUCCACGACUACCUGAGUGUGGCUCCCUUUGCUGACUACCUCGACAGCUUGUACUUCAACCGCUUCCUGCAGUGGAAAUGGCUGGAACGGCAGCCAGUGACCAAAAACACUUUCCGCCAGUACCGUGUGCUGGGCAAGGGUGGUUUUGGGGAGGUUUGUGCCUGCCAAGUGCGUGCCACAGGGAAGAUGUACGCCUGCAAGAAGCUGGAGAAGAAACGUAUCAAAAAGCGGAAGGGAGAGGCCAUGGCCCUGAAUGAGAAACAGAUCCUGGAAAAAGUGAACAGUAGGUUUGUAGUGAGCUUAGCCUAUGCAUAUGAAACUAAAGAUGCUCUCUGCCUAGUGCUGACCCUCAUGAAUGGAGGGGACCUCAAGUUCCAUAUCUACCACAUGGGAGAGGCUGGCUUCGAGGAGCCCCGGGCAGCUUUCUAUGCUGCCGAGAUCUGCUGUGGCCUCGAGGACUUGCACCAGGAGAGGAUAGUGUACAGGGACCUGAAGCCAGAGAACAUAUUGCUGGAUGACCACGGUCACAUCCGUAUCUCAGACCUGGGGCUAGCUGUGCACGUGCCAGAGGGCCAAACAAUCAAGGGCCGAGUGGGGACAGUUGGCUACAUGGCUCCAGAGGUGGUGAAGAACGAGCGCUACACGUUCAGCCCAGACUGGUGGGCUCUGGGCUGCCUGGUGUACGAGAUGAUUGAGGGACAGUCCCCGUUCCAGCAGCGCAAGAAGAAGAUCAAGCGGGAGGAGGUGGAGCGGUUGGUGAAGGAAGUGCAGGAGGAGUACUCGGAGAAGUUCUCACCCUGCGCCCGCUCCCUCUGCACCAUGCUCCUGUGCAAAGACCCUCUGGAGCGCCUGGGGUGCCGAGGAGCUGGGGCCAAGGAAGUGAAGGAGCACCCUCUCUUCAAGCAUCUCAACUUCAGGAGGCUUGAAGCAGGCAUGCUGGACCCCCCCUUCAAGCCAGAUCCCCAGGCCAUCUACUGCAAGGAUGUUCUGGACAUCGAACAGUUCUCCACGGUGAAAGGGGUGGAGCUGGAGCCCACAGACAAUGACUUCUACCAGAAGUUUGCCACAGGAAGCGUGCCCAUUCCUUGGCAGAACGAGAUGAUCGAGACAGAGUGUUUUAAGGAGCUGAAUGUCUUUAGCACAGAUGGCACAGUGCCCCCAGACCUGGACUGGAAAGGGCAGCCUUCUCCACAGCCCAAAAAAGGGUUACUCCAGCGCUUAUUCAGCAGACAGGACUGUUGUGGAAACUGCAGCGACAGCGAGGAAGAGCCCACCCGGCUGUAGAGCACAACUUGUUCUCCAGCCCCUGGGACCCCCUUGCCUCUCCGGGUGCCCAGCAGAACAACAGCCCAGCCUGAAGGACAAGGUAGCAGUGGCCCCGCAAGGUGGAUUUGUUUACAGCUUUACACAUCUUUAUUUGAAGACUGUGAGGAUGGCUCCAGGGCUGGCAGC